AUGCCACAGCCGGCGACAGACGUGCAAAACUCUCCGCUCGUGAGCUCCUACCACAGCCUCCAGCAAUCCCCGCCUCAGUCGCGAAGUCGCUGUCCCGCCUUCCUACGCUACAAUGUGGUGCAGCGCACGCUCUCCGCUGCGGUGCUCGCGCCCGCUGUGACGAUGUUUCUAUGGCUGUCACCAGCUAUUGCCACGUCCACCGUCUGCAGCUUCAUGACGAGCACUUGCUCGUACGAAUACGCGUGCCUGGCGAACCGUAUUCGUCUCCGUCUCUUGACGAGACUGGAGGCACUCGAGAACACACGCAGCGACAGUGAGAGCAGCAGUAGCGGCUUCGUGACAGCCAGUCGGACGUUUGUCUUUGACAGUCCAUUAAACGCUCAAUUGCACCAAAGACAGUCAACCGACGGGCGUAUGACAACGACACGGGCGUUCCAGGAAGAACAGGAGGCCAGGGAGCUGGAACGGGUCAAUAGUGAGCUUAAAGAACAAGCACUUAGGCUACGACGCUGUGCUGUAACGGAUGUAGCCAAGUACUUGUUCGGAGGAAGAGAGUGGCUGGCGGCGCUGUGGAUUUCGGCGUUAAUGUGCUCGAUCUCGUCCUGCAUUUUCCUCCUGGCUAUAGAAGACAUACCGGUACUUGCAACGACGGAGUUUUACGAGUCUCGGUGGUUUUAUACCGUCGCGACGGGCUUCGUAGCUGCCAUGUGUGCGUGUCUGUCGCCGGACUGGCAGUAUGCAGUGGUUAUUUUCUUACAGAACGCGAUCUUUACGACUCUAACGCUACACUCGACGGCGUGUCCGAUGAACGAGCUGUCGUGUAACAUGGCAGUCAAGCCGGCGCAGGUUUUAUUGACCGGAAUGGUGGUCUUUCUUGUGUUCCGGUUUGCCACAUGUCGUAGCAAUGCUGAAGCCUUCUUGACCUUCACGCUGGACGCAGUGGGUCUCGUUUACAUCAUCGGCACGCUGUCGGUUCUUGUGGCGUUUGUGGACGACGAGCGACGGACACUUUACCGCAAGCUGCUCAUUGCACUUCUAUACGUUGUGUGGGCGUCCGAUACGGGAGCGUAUAUUACGGGUAAAUUACUGGCGAUGGCAAAGUAUCCGUAUUAUAACCCUCUCGCAGCACAUUUGUCCAAGAACAAAGACUACGAAGGUACAGUUGGAGCGAUCGGUUUCGGUAUUGUGGCUAUGGUCGUGUCUUCCGAUGUAUUGGAUCUCCCAGGUUCUUUUGGAACGAAAGUGGCGUUUACUGUAGUCGCGGUGGUGAUUGGCCGACUCGGAGACCUGUUUGAGAGUCUGUUAAAGCGAGCUGCAGGAGUCAAAGACUCGGGGACGCUGAUCCCAGGCCAUGGCGGAGUGCUAGAUCGUAUCGAUGCACUGAUGUUCGCUACGCUGGUGUUCUCACGGUACUAUGCGAUGGUGUACUGA